CAGGAGCCUUUGUAAUAUGUGUUUCUUUAAUAUAUGAAAAACUGGGACGGGUUUACUAUAACACAAUACACUAUCGCUGCGUCUGAGGUGAAUUGUUGAGUGCGAGCAAUUGACAUACUCAGAAUCUUUUCUGCAUAUUCUUGUGCUACGGAGAGUUCCAAUAUCCUUGGUUUAGGGCUUGAUCCUGCCGGUCAAGGAAAAUUAAGGUUGACGAAUAUCUAAGCGCGCUCCGUAUUGAACGAAAACCAUGGCAAUUAGAAACUUCCAUUCGGCGAGGGAGUCUUCGAAUUUGUUUGCAGUCAGGUCAGGAUUCGAGAUUGUGGAUAGUCAGUCAAUCAAUCUGCCCGAAAGAUGAUUCAACUUUAGAGAAUCAGACAAAUGAUGGCGAAACGCUGAAUUGCAGCCAAAGAAUACGUACUCUUAACAUUUCACUCAGGUACAAAUCAUCAUACCAGACUUAUGGCUGACGACAAAGAACGAGCAGAAGCCCUUCUGCCAGUCUUCAAACUUGAGAAAAUACUAAAUCAUGAUCAAGCGGGGCGACGAGUAUCCCUCCUAGGGCACAUUGAUGGCCAGACUGCAGUGGUGGUGAUCGAACGAGCAUCGUUUCCCAAUUCGCUCCCAUAUCUUGCUACCGUACCGAGUACUCUCCAGUGGCUCAAAAACCUCGGAGCAAACGACGUAUACCACUGGUAUCUCGCAAGUAGCGGUCCAGGAGCAGACGAACCACAUCCAGACCUAAAGAUCAAUCUCUUCUACCCUGCCACUGAAAAGCAUAUCGCGAAGUACAGUAAGCAGGAAGUCCAUGUGGUGCACGAGACACCACAGAUCUACAGGGAGCAUAUCAGACCGUUCAUGGAGCGACAGAGAGGUAAUGGAAGAUUGAAGUGGAUGCACAAUAUCAUCAGCGGGACAGCCGAAACUAAGGAUGUCAUCUAUAGAACGCCCAUGGGUCAAGAUGACAAUGAGGGGUUUGUUCUUCUACCCGAUCUUAACUGGGAUCGAAAGACAUUGGAAAACCUACAUCUUCUAGGCCUAGUUGAGAGGAGCGAUAUCUGGAGCUUGCGGGAUUUGAGGAAAAAGCACAUUUGUUGGCUGCGAGACAUGAAGAUGAAAAUCUCGAAUGCUACUAUUCGCACAUACCCGGGACUGAGACUGGACCAGCUGAAGCUUUAUGUACACUACCAGCCAACAUACUAUCACCUCCAUAUUCAUGUGGUGCAUGCAGCCUUGGAGGCCGGUACGUCGCAGGCCGUUGGGAAGGCCGUUGGGCUGGAAAGUAUUAUUUCCCAACUCGAGACAAUGGCGGGAGAUGACGAAGCGGGAAUGGACCUAGUCACAUUGACAUACACCAUUGGAGAAGCCAGUGACUUGUGGAAGGAGGUCUUUGAGCCUAUUGGCACGCUUGACUCUGCAUGACGAAUGGCAUCAGUCACCUGGAUGUUAGUUAACCCGCGGAUUGCGUAAUAUCUAGACAGGUAUCACUUCAACGUGUUUUUCGGCUUUGGGCAAACGGAGGGGUGCUCAUUGUAGCGAGAUGGCCUCGUAAGAUUUAACCAGAACCGAUGUGGGGUAUUAUGUACGGUCCUUUUGUCCUGGAUUCUGUAAAGUGUCAGAUUGUAUAGGUGGCCGCUUGGUAUGGAGCCAUGGAUGUAUGUCAUCAAUUAGUGACCUUCGUUAAAGUAAAAUACGAGGUCUAGACAAGUUUCCUUCUGGGCUCCAGUUCAGCUGACACAUAGUAACGC